UAACUCCGCCCCUCCUGUGAGAGAGCAGCAGCAGCAUAACAAAUGUUGUGUGAGUCUGCACUGCAGGAGGACAACACUGACAGCUUGAAGGAAGUCACUUGAGCUUCCCUCUGCCUGGCUCCUGUAAAAAGUCCAAGAUGGCUGUGUAUUCCACAGUGGGAGCUGAGAAGAACGGAAGACAUAUGGAGCAAUGUGGCACAUCUGGGACAGUGGACUGUGAAUUUAAAAUCAGGACUGUCCCAGGAAUAGCAGGACAGUUGGGAGAAAUGAAGACAGAUCUCAAUUUAUUGCUGGAGUGUCUAAAGUUUCAAAUACAUAAUCCUCAAUCACAAAAAGGAACGUUAGCCGCUAUUCAUGCAAUUUGUCAGAAAAACAGUACUGCCAGCGAUUAUUUUAGAGAAAUUGGGGGUCUUACUUUCGUCAGCAUCUUAGCAAAGACAAGCCCUCAUAUUUUUGUAAAAGAAGCUUCUUUAUUUACUUUGGGAGUUCUUGCAGAGAGCUGUGUCUUUUGUCAGCAAACCUUGUGCACCUUAGAAACCUUUGAAGAUAUCUGCUCAACCUUACUGAAAGAAGAAUCUUCGCUGGAUUUGAAAAGAAUGUCUGUUUAUCUAUUUAUGGUCUUAGUUUCUAACAACAGAGCUGGGCAAACUCACUCAAGAAUAUCUGGAUGUAUUGAUGUACUUCUAUGUCUGUUUAGAGAAAUACCUUCAUCCUGCAACAUAGAUGUACCUGAUGGAACUUUAAAUCGGUCUUAUCAACUGUGGUCAUCUGCUUGCAGUGGUCUUUGUGCAUGUGCCAACAAUCCUCAAAAUGAUGAAAACCAAAAAUUGUGCUGCACAGCAUUUUCUCAAGCAAAAGAUUUGUUGAAGAAUUCCAUUAACCCUGAGAUUGUACGUCCUGUCUGUUCUUUUAUAAGUCUUGCUGUUGCAAAUAACAGUAUUGUACAGGACUAUUUUGCUUCUGUUGGAGGCUUAGAUACUCUGGCUGAUCUCUUUCUCCAGUUAGUGUCUAAUUUACAAAGAGGAUUGUCAAGUUCAAAGCUUGCUGUUGUGUUAACAAAGACAAUGGAUGCUUGUAUUGCAAAUAAUCCAACUUGCAUUAGUUGCUUGUCAAAAUACAACAUUAUAUCAUACCUGUUAGCACUGUUGACUGGUGAGCCACUUGACCCAGAAGACAAGUUUGCUGUUGUCCUUGCUUUAGGCCACUGCACUGAGAAUUAUGAAAGAAAUCAAUAUGAGCUAUUAAAAAGCAAUGGCCUACCUGUCAUCAUUCAAAUACUUACUGAGUCACAGGAUGGAGAGCUGCACAAAGCAGCUACAUUUGUUCUUCAAAACUGCAGAAAUAUUACUAAUGCAUUAUCAAUCAAACUAACUGAAGAGGCUCCAGCUGUAUUAGCAGACUCCAGUGACAAGACAAGAAUGAAGCAAAUGUUUGAUUACUGGAAAAAGGCAAAGAAUGUAUAUAAACAAAUAGAACAUUUAGAAAAACAACAUAAAGAGGAAAAUGUAAAGAGGCAGAUAUUUGCAGAUGUAACCUCACAGCACCACGCUGCUGCUUCAACAUUCAUUCCUGCAGGUAAUAUUAGUGGUGACAACCAAGCUGAGCCAGAAAGGAAUCACAUGGACUUACCCUGCAGAGAUUCAGACUGCAACUCAGACACUUCCAUAAAUAACCCUCCUCCAAGGGAUCCAGUCCUUCAAACUAAGCAGCAUCAUAUAAAGAAGAAACAUUAUGAAGAAGUCCUGCAGCCUCCUAGGUUCGCACAGGAACCCAGAAGAAAUAAAACUACCUGUAGGACUGACUCUAAAAAAACCAAGGGUAUCAACUGCAGGGAGGAGACAUUUAAUCAGACCCUGACUUUGAGUGAAGACAAGAGCAAAGCAGGAUACCAAGAUCCCUUGACUUUAUGCUCAGACAUCAUUGACAAAGAGAUUUGUACUAUUCUUUCUUCCGAAAACACAAGUGAUAAAUCAAGGUGUGCAGGAUGUUUAGCAACAGGGAUGGCCAUGAACAGCAGGAACUGUACAAGUAUUUUGCGUGAUUCCUCGCACUUGUGUGAUCAUCACAUGGUUAUAGUAAAAGCAGAAGAGCAGUAUAAAAGUGAACUAAAGAAAUUACUACAUAUAAAUGAUAAACUGUUAACGCCACUUAGAAAAGGAGGCAUGAGUUACGAGAAAUUUCUUCGAAGUAAAAUGGACACUAAUCAUUUUUUAUUGACACCGUUAAGAACAGGAAAUCGUUCAGCAGUUACAGGAAGACCUGUAAAAGGGAAGCAAGAAUUAACUCACAAAUCUGCUUGUUUAAAAAGUAAUCCUGUGCUUGAUCGAACCACAAGACCAUCAGGAGAAACACCAACAAUCGUUCAAAGUUCAUCAAAGUAUCUGAGUCCUGAAAAGAAAGGAAAAAAGAAACGAAGAUUUCGCAGAAAUUUUACUCCGAGUGAAGUGGAUUAUCUUUUGGAUGGUGUAGAAAAGUUUGGGCCCAACUGGAAUAAUAUUUUGUGGUCUUAUCCAUUUCUAAAGGGAAGAACAAAUGUAAAUUUGUCCAAAAAAUACAAACAGCUGCAAAAAAAUCUACAAUAAGAUUCAACCAAGGUUCAAUAUCAAAGUCCUAGAGCAUUUUAAUAUACCAGAACAAAUGCCAUGGGCAAAGUUACCUGAUUUGGGCUCCACAAGGCAUAGAAUGGAGCAUAUUAUUAACAUUUAUAUAUUAAUGGUUUAGGUGCACAGUUUUUCUUGUAGGCCUGAUGUGUUUGUAAUAUUUGAACAAAAGCAGGCAUAUUAUUUUUAAGGCUAGAGACACACACCAAGACUCGAGGAGAUUUAGUCGCGACUAAUCUCCCUGAGAAGCCUUCCCGCCGGCUAGAAUCUAAAUCGCUGGCAGGAUGGCACUCGAAUGCUUCGUGGGGCUACUUCGUGCUACUUCGGAAAACGAAGCGCCGUCCAAGUGCGAUCCCGCCGACAAUUUAGAUUCUAGUCGGCAGGGAGAUUAGUCACCCGAAGAAGAGGCGAUUUGUCACUGGGAAACGAAAUCUCCCUGAAUCUUAGCAUUCAACCUAAGGGUCUUUGGGAAAUCUUUAAACGUCUUUAUUAUUUUGUGACUCCAGAGAGACUUCCUUUUUAGUACAAUUUGGUGGCAAUGUAAACAUUAUCUCUUAUCCCUGAAACUAAAAUGGAGCACAACACACUUCAUUGUAAUGCCAAUGCAUAUAUAUAUAUAUAUAGAUAGAUAGAUAGAUAGAUAGAUAGAUAGAUAGAUAGAUAGAUAGAUAGAUAGAUAGAUAGAUAUAUAUUACAGCAUGACUGUAAUAGCUAUGGCACUUGUGAUCUUCCCAGAAAAAGAAGUA